AUGUCGGAACCUGAUCUGCUGAGGCUGCUGCAGGAGAACCAGGUCUCCCAUGGUCUGAGAGCGCUGGAAGCGUUGAUGUCCGGUGUUAUGGCGGUCCCUGGGACUGGCCCUGAGGCGGCUGUGUCGGUGGAUGGAGCUGGCAGCGGAGGGCCCGGCUUCCGUCACGCUUAUCGCCAAGUCUGGUUCGACACGGUGAGAAGAGAAGUCGGCGGAGUCGGGAGAACAGAGGUGCCGGAGCUGCGGUGGCGACGUCCCCAGCUCUGGAAGGAGGUCGGAGGAGAAGGUCCCGGCCGGUCAGAGUGGAGAGGACCCAAGAUGGCGGCGAGAAAGAUGGCGCCGGCAUCACCGGAAGAUCGCGCAGUCCGCGCGCUUCUCUUCCGGCUCCACAGGAAGUGA